CAAAGUUUUUUAACCAUGAGCGGUAUUGAACGCAGCACAGUGAAUACAGCACGAAUCCCCUAGUGCCAGCGCCAGUGGUAAAGCGCACCUAAAACCCAAACAAACAUCGACGGCCCCUUUUUUCAGUGAAGGUUAUACUUGCUUAAGAGCUCAAUCCCCUUGGUUCUGGGAGCGUGUUUAUAUAUUUGACUUAUUCUGCUCAAUUGACCGUCUGCACAGAAAAGCUUGACUUCCUGUGCCCGUACAUAUGAACCCUCAGCAAGACCCGUCAAAACCGUCAAUUAAAGCAUCCUUUCGGGUCGGACAAAAACACAUUUAAGGAAGGACAAGCCCGGUUUUUGAUUUUUUCUGGAUCUUUUUUGGGCCCUUUUCCAGAUCUGAAGCAGGUUGAGCUGUUUUUUUCAGAGUUUCUUUUUGGGACUAUUCGCUGAAGGCCUCCCAUGAAGGACUUUUGACCUUGAAUAUCUUAUGAAAUCAGAGUUGAAUUCUUUAUCCUGGACAGUCAGAAAAGUUCAGCUCAUUCAAUGGGCAUCUAUCAAAUGUGAUAGUAACUAUUAUUACGACAGAAAAGGCCUUACGAUGCAUCCUUCAACAGCAACACCCUUUCAUUAACCAAAACCGAAGAUGACCGCAAUGUAACAUAGAGCUUUACUUCCUUCAUUGUCAUGUGACUUUGAACCUCUUGUGCGCUAUUUUCUUCUAAUAAGACAGUCUUUGAACCACUUUAAUGAGGUGAGCUGUGGUUCGAAGCUACUCAAUUGCCAAUAAAAGACUGUCUGGAAAUUCAUUUUUCCUUUUUUUUCCCCCGCCUAAUGCUUUAAGGUAGAUCUUAAAAUGAUUCGGUAAAAGGCGGAUCUGCAGAAAGCGAACUGGCACAAAGUGUGGCAGGACAACACCGGUCUCUUCCUCCCUCUGGUGUGGACACCCUUCCAAACUGUCGUCCAUGUUUCAGGACACUUUUCAUUUCUGUUGUUAAAAAGAAGAGUCGGGUUUUUCGUCCUCUUUCACAUCGCCUCGCUUUUGCAAUCCUAUAAACUGGGGUUUGAGUCUUACUCAUGACGAGUGGAGUAAAGGCGUCGCAGACGUUGAAGGAUUUGACCCGCCAACGGAGAAGUGUCCUCUGAUCAACCAGCAGGAAAACCACUUGGAUUCAGCUUUGAGAAGGGAAAGCCGCCCCUCCGCCUCGCCUCGGCCAGCUUUCUGGAUCACUCCAGAUCAUUCCCGCAAAACAUUUUGCUCCUCUCCAAGUGUUCCACCCUGGACGAAGGGAUCUGCCUCUGGAGAAAGGGGCUGAGGUGUCCUGUUGGAGGUGGUGUGGGCGUUUUUGGUGUGCUGCUCCCCCUCCGUCGGUGCACGCGCUCCGUCGUCAGAGCCAGCAGGCCUGAGGAACCGAGCCCAGCCGGACCAGGAGAGAGGCAGAGGACUUCAGAGCCAAAGACUCUGGGAUCCUGGCCAUGAGGUUUGAUGCCUCGAUCCACUGACCGGAAACACUGGACCUAAAUGGCGCAGCAUGACUUUGUCCCUGCCUGGCUUAACUUCUCCACUCCCCAGCCUGCCAAGUCCCCUGCUGCCAACCUUGACAAGCAAGGUGAGCCGCACCACCACAGAGACGCCCGGACCGCUGUGAGCCGCCGCCGCCACAACUCCUCCGACGGUUUCUUCAACAACGGCUCUCUGCGCGCCCCGUCAGGUGAUGGCUGGCAGCAGCCCUCGCUGCUGCUGAGGCACGACUCUGUGGACUCCGGGGUGGCCAAAGGGGGGCACGGCGGGCUCGCAGGGGGCUCCUGCUGGAAGGACGCGUCCAACUGGCACGGGGCGCCACGCGGGGCCCAGGACGGCCACCACCAUCAGGGACGUCACCCCAAAAGGCCAGUGGGCGACAGGGACAGGCAGGGGGGACACCGGCAGCGCAACGGCAGCUUUCAUCCCCGUAAAGGAACCUCGUACCAGGACAAGUUUCCCAACGAGGAACGCAAAGACAGCAAGGAUGACAAGCUGAAGUUUGUAGAGGAGGACUUUCCUUCCUUGAACCCUGAAACAACUGGAAAGCCUGGGAUUCAAACGCGCGCAGUGGCUCCCCAUGCUGGUGUGUGGGAAAAUCCGCCCAGCGGCAAACAGAUGGUGUCCAAAAUGCUGGUUAUCAAAAAGGUUUCGAAAGAGGACACCAGCACAGCCUUCUCUGCAGGGUUCGCCACUGCCGGCGCUUUGCCCACCAAUGGCAAUAAAGCCCCCAUCACAGGCUCCAGCGUCUAUAAGAACCUGGUCCCCAAGCCUGCCGUGGCCCCCGUCAAAAGCGCCCAGUGGAAAUCUGGAGGCAGAGAGAUCACAAAGCCGGGUCUUCACAUGCAGGGCCGAGAUCCGGUCUUCACCAGCCCCAUGUCUGCAGCCAAACCCAGCACCCCCGUCAGCGCACCACAGCACAACCCCCAGAAAGAGCACCCCUCCAGCACCACUCCUCCCAUAGAUAUCGCCCCGUCAAGGCUGAAGCUGAUGCGCCGCGGCCCGGACCGCAAAAGUGAGUUCCUCCGAGCUCUGAAGGACGAAGGAACGGGAGAGCUGACCACGAGCAGCAGCCCGGGAACAUCAGGAGAGGGUGAAAGCAGCACCCCAGAACCCAAACCAUACAGAGAGGAAAACUGCCACGAGAACGGGAUGUCCUACUCGCUCAGUGACUCGGAUACAGAACAUCUGUCCAGCUCACUGGAGGCGGAGCACAGGUUACUGAAGGCCAUGGGGUGGCAGGAGUAUCCAGAAAACGACGACAACUUCCUGCCUCUGACCGAAGACGAGCUGAGGGAGUUCCAGACUAAAACCGAGCAGCUGAAGCGCAACGGCAUGCAGAGAAACGGGGUUCUGCCGAGGACGCGGGGCGUGACCCUCCACUUCACCCCCUGGAGGAGUGUGGCGGAGGCGCACGAGGAGGAGGAGGAGGGCUCGGAAUCCGACACCAGUAGCAGCAGCCAGACCUCCGACGACGACGACUGCAUCAAAUCCUAACGUGGCUUUACAGAACAAAACAAUAAUAAUAAUUAUAAUAAAAUGACCACAUAAACAAAGCAGCCAACACCACAUCGCAACAAGCAGCUCCCCCCCCCUCCUCUUUUUGUUUUUAGAUCACUGUUUGACUUUCUUUUGAUUUCUUUUCUUUAGUUUAUUUUUUUUUUGUUCUUGCACAAGGGAAAAACCAAUCAUAUCCCAGUGAAGGAGGGGAUUCCUGCGUUUUCCUGCGGCUCCUCUUUGACUGCAGACCCUGACCUCUGACACGCCCCCACCCCAAGCAGCCCCCCCCCCCCCUCCUUCCCGUCUCUUCCUCGCUUCGUGGAACUGAGGUGUUCAUCAAGAAAAGAAGGGCAACGAAUGCACUCUUGAUUCUGCUUUAAACAGACUAACUCAUUUCAUUGAUGAUGCUGAUGACACAUUAUUAAUGAUAUUAAUAAAAAUUGGUUCCUGUCAAGCUGAGAUGUUUCAAUAC